AUGCUAUCAAUGGAGUCAUUGUGGUGUAGUUCUGAGACGGAAUUGUCCGCUUUGAGGCUUUGUAAGAGUGCGGAGAGGGCGGAGUAUAGGUUCAAGAGGAAACCGUCGAAGAGUCUCAUCCCUCAAGCGCUCUUGCACGCUCAGCCGGAGCCCCAACUUCGUCAUCAUAGACAGCGUCGUUCGGGCACCUGGCCACGGACGAGGUCCCUGAACGCACCAUCCCCCAUACAGCAGUUUGGACCAUGUGGCAGAAUUAUGAAAAACUCUGCAAUGGUUAUGCAGAUUCAGGACCCAGCGUCCCAGCGGCUGACAUGGUACAAGCCUCCACUCACAGUGCUGGUCAUCAAGAAAAUCCACGACGCCACAAUCAUUACGCCCUUCGUACAGUUGGUACAUUGGCUCGUUCAUGACAAAAGCAUGGUGGUGUUCGUGGAAGCGUCGGUGCUAGAAGACAGAUUGCUGUCGGAGUACGGUAACUUCAACUUGGUGAAGGAGCGCCUGAUGACAUUCCGAGCGGGGACCGACGACCUCACCGACAAAAUAGACUUCAUCAUUUGCUUGGGGGGCGAUGGGACGUUGUUGCAUGCCAGCUCACUGUUUCAGCAAUCAGUACCGCCCGUGAUGGCGUUCCACUUGGGUUCGCUGGGAUUCCUUACUCCGUUCGAGUUCAAUAACUUUCAGGAGCAAGUCAUGAAUGUUUUAGAAGGUCACGCUGCUUUAACUUUACGGUCUCGUCUCCAAUGCGUGGUGCUCCGGAAACGAAAAGAUGACGAUAAGGACAAGAAGAAGCCAACGACGAUACUGGUGCUCAAUGAAGUGGUGGUCGAUCGGGGGCCUUCGCCCUAUCUCUCGAAUAUUGACUUGUUCCUUGAUGGAAAGCACAUCACCUCGGUGCAAGGAGACGGUCUUAUCGUUUCAACUCCGACGGGCAGCACUGCGUAUGCCGUAGCCGCUGGCGCGAGUAUGAUCCAUCCGGCAGUGCCAGCUAUCAUGGUGACGCCGAUCUGCCCCCACUCUCUCUCCUUUAGGCCUAUCGUCGUACCUGCUGGUGUUGAGCUAAAAAUUGCACUCUCACCCGACGCACGCAACGCCAUGUGGGUAUCAUUUGAUGGGAGAAAUAGACAAGCUCUGCAACACGGCGAUAGCUUAUACGUCACAACCUCAGUGUAUCCCGUCCCCUCCAUAUGCGCCUUCGAUCAGAUUUCCGAUUGGUUCGACUCACUGGCUGAGUGCCUACAUUGGAAUGUGCGCAAGAAGCAGCAGCAGAAACAGAUGGACGAAUUAAGUGACGCCACACAAUCCUCUAGCGACACUCUCGAUGACAUAGAGAACAACCAUGACGAGCGACCGACAGACACGUGA